AUCAAAACCACAGUACUCCACGCGAUUGAAGCUCUUAUCCUUAUUCGGUGAUUGAACCGCGUUUCGCUCAUUCAUUUGUCAAUUGAUACGAUGGAAUCAAUAGAGGGAUUAGAGGGGUUUCAAUUUCUGAUUUGCAGCUUUAAUUCCAAUAUCCGACGGGUUUUUUCUUGGCUAUAAAUGGAUAGCUCAAUCAGAGGGUGGUGGGUGGUGUUGCUUCAUCGGCUUCUGUUGUUUCUACUCAUUCCAGCUGACAUGGUGGUCACUUGAAAACUUCACGAUGCUACUAUCAUAAUGAGUAAUUAGGUAUACAUGUGUCUAGCAUGUGGUGAUCGAUCGACCAAGAUUAGUUGGAGGCCUUCAAUGUCAUUCAUAUAGCUGGGGGAAUCGAUCUGUGUAGUAUGCGUAAGCAAUAUAUAUAUAACCAUGGUAAAGCUGACAAGAGAGGCACACGAAAAUUAGAAAGAGAGAAACAAACUUUAGCGCGCAGAGGGUAACCUGGAGUAUUAUAGAAGCAAUGACAGAUAUAGCGGAUGAAGAAGCAGUUGUGUGUGAGCUGAGGGAAACCUUCAAGAGUGGUAGAACCAGAAGUGUUGCAUGGAGGAAAACCCAGCUGAAUGCUCUUCUUGAUCUCAUCAGAGAUAAUGACGAAAAGAUCCUUCAAGCACUCUAUCAAGAUCUUGGCAAGCACCCAACUGAAGGUUACAAGGAUGAGGUCGGAGUUUUGGUGAAAUCGAUCAAUCAUUGUUUGGGCAACUUAGACAAAUGGGUGGCACCUAAAAAGUGUAAAUUACCUUUGGCUUUAUUUCUGUCAAGAGCAGAGCUGGUGCCGGAACCACUCGGCGUGGUUCUCAUCUUUGCAUCUUGGAACUUCCCAAUAUCUUUAGCUUUUGAACCUGUAAUUGGAGCAAUAGCUGCAGGUAACACAGUGGUAUUAAAACCUUCAGACCAAGCACCGGCAUGUUCUUCUUUAAUUGCUAAAACAAUCCCUCAAUACAUGGACCCUAAAGCCAUUAGAAUCAUUGAGGGCGGAGCACAAAUUAGUGAAAAACUCCUGCAGCACAAGUGGGAUAAGAUAUUCUUUACUGGAAGUCCACAGGUAGGACGCAUUGUCAUGACUGCAGCUGCCAAGUAUUUAACACCAGUUACACUUGAGCUGGGUGGAAAAUGCCCUGUCAUCCUUGAUUCACUCUCCAAUCCUUCAGAUUUAAAGGUGGCAAUCAAGAGAAUCGCAAGUGGAAAAUGGGGGCCUUGCAAUGGGCAAGCAUGUAUAGGAAUAGAUUAUAUGCUUGUCGAGGAAAAAUUGGCUCCUACUGUGAUCGAACUGCUAAAGAAAACGAUCAAGAAAUUUUAUACUGAAAGCCCAAAAGAUGCAAACUGCAUAGCCAGAAUUGUAAAUAUGAAGCACUUUCAGAGAUUGCAGAAUCUCCUCAAAGAUCCUCUUGUUGAAGCUUCCAUUGUACAUGGUGGCUCACUGGAUGAACAAAAACUGUUCAUUGAGCCAAUAAUCUUGUUAGAUCCGCCACUUGAUGCUGCGAUCAUGAAUGAAGAAAUUUUUGGCCCUUUGCUUCCAAUAAUCACUUUGAAGAACAUUCAAGAAAGCAUUGGAUUCAUAAACGCGAGGCCCAAACCUCUGACCGUUUACGCCUUCACCAAAGAUGAAAACUUCAAGAAGAAAAUUAUAUCAGAUACAUCCUCCGGGGGUGUGACUUUCAAUGAUGUCUUGAUUCAAUUUGUCUGUGAGGGUAUACCCUUUGGUGGUGUUGGCUCUAGUGGAUUUGGGAGGUACCAUGGGAAGUUUUCUGUUGAUACUUUCAGCCACGAGAAAGCAGUUUUCCGAGGAGGCUUCUUCCCUGAUUUUGAGGCUAGAUAUCCUCCUUGGAAUAACUACAAAACGAAAUUCAUCAGACUAGCCUAUGAUAUUGACUACCUUGGAGCAAUUCUGCUUAUGCUUGGACUUAAAAGGUAUUAGUAUUUGGAUCUCAGUCACUCACAACCUGUGCUGUAUGUGUUAAGACUGUUAGUGUUCAAUAUAUGAACACAUGAUGACAUAUAUGUAACCUAUGCAUAACCUAUGAAUCUUAAACUCUUUAAUUUAUCAUCAAUAUCAUCUGAGCUAUGU